AUGGCACCUCACAGCUUACCUCCCAGUUCAAGUCCACCGUUGACAUCCUUCAAUGGCAACCACCGUCAAGAGCACCAUACAUUUACCACGCCAGAUGACGGAAUCUUCCAGACCCAGUAUCUCAUUGUAGGAUGCGGACCAGCAGGAGCCAGUCUUGCGUGCUUUCUCUCAUCUCACGGGCUCUCUGGGAUGAUGGUUGGUGCAGCGCCAGGUACAGCCAACACGCCUCGGGCUCAUAUCACCAAUAUGGCCGCUCUGGAGUGUCUCCGCGAUAUAGGCCUAGAUCGAGACGUCGAGCAGGUUUCUUCCAAGGGUCACUGCAUGGUGCACACUAGGUGGUGCCACAGCAUGGCUGGGGAGGAGUAUGCCCGUCUUUAUUCUUGGGGAAACGAUCCCAGACGCAAGGGUGACUACGAAAUGGCAAGCCCAUGCCAGCCAGCUGAUAUCCCUCAAACCCUCCUCGAGCCAAUCCUCAUCCGUCACGCCACGCACAACAAAUUCCAAGUCAGAUUCGAUACAGUUCUUACAUCAUUCACCAAGGACGAAAAGACCGGGCGUAUAAUAGCAACUCUGAAAGACAAGUUCUCCAACCUCGAAUACAAGAUCAACACCAAAUACCUCUUCGGAGCAGACGGCGCGCAGAGCCAGGUAGUCAAGCAGCUUGACCUGCCUCUACAGCGCAAGCCGGGCCAAGGUCUCGCGAUAAAUGUUCUUGUCAAAGCAGAUCUGUCUCAUUUGGUGAAGCAUCGCAAGGGAAAUCUUCACUGGGUUAUGCAGCCUGACAAGGAACAUCCCGAGUUUGGUUGGAUGGGUAUUGUCAGGAUGGUAAAGCCUUGGGAUGAGUGGAUGUUCAUUUUGUUUCCGAACCGAGAUUGUGAUCCUAACAUACAAGCGACCAACGAAGAGUACCUGGAGAGGGUACGAGACUUCAUCGGAGAUGAUACACCAGCUGAGAUCCUGAAUGUCUCCAAGUGGUUCAUCAACGAGAUUGUUGCAGAGCGGUACUCUGACGGUAGCAACAUCCAUUGCUUGGGUGACGCAGUCCAUAGACACCCGCCCAUGAACGGUCUCGGCUCCAACACAUGCAUACAAGACGCCUUCAACCUCGCAUGGAAGGUCGCAUACGUUGAGAAAGGCAUCGCAUCACCUGCGCUUCUGGAUACAUACAACACUGAACGCCAACCCGUCGGCAAGUCCAUUAUCACACGCGCCAAUGAUGCAUUCCGCGAUCACUUCCACGUAUGGGAUGCCAUGGGAGCGCUUCCCGAAAAAGUGGAGGACCGCAGGAAGAUCGUUGACGAGCUCGCAUCAGCGUCGUUACAAGGUGAAGAGCGUCGAAGGCGUUUCCGGGAUGUCAUCACCCAGACUUCUCAUGAGUUCCACGGACUAGGAAUUGAGAUGGGACAGCGCUACAAUGGACCUGGUAUAUAUGACGCUGAUGAGCCGGCGCCGUACUCCCCUUCAGGCAAGGCAGCCGAUGACCCUAUCUUGCACUAUGACGCCAGCACGUAUCCUGGCUGCAGACUACCCCACGUCUGGUUGAAUACAUCCGUGCCCUCGGAGCCGGUAUCCACCAUUGAUCUUGCAGGCCAUGGUAAGUUCGUCCUCUUUACGGGCAUCGGAGGUGAAGGUUGGCAGAAAGCAGCAAAAGAAGUGAGCGAGAAGUUGGGUGUUCCUCUGGAUGUACAUGUUAUUGGCUACCGUCAGCAGUGGGAGGACUUUUACUUCGAUUGGCAGCGGGUGCGCGGUGUUGAGGACUCUGGCGCUGUUCUUGUUCGUCCUGAUCGGUUUGUGGCCUGGAGAUAUCCUCGUGUUCUACCCGAUGCGGAAGGGUGCUCCGAAAAGUUGGCCUCCGUGAUGAAGUCGGUCCUUGGCUUCAAGGACUAG